GCAUGGGACUUCUAUCGAACGGUAGCGGAGCAGUCCGAUGAAACGCUAGGAUCGGGAUCCGAUCCCUAGCGUGGAUGUAAAUCAGUUCAAAUUGGGAAUCAUUCUCAAACAGAUAGAACCGUCGUCCACGAUGGCAAAGCGCCGCCACAAGAAGACCAUCGCCGGCAAUGCCAAGAAGAGGAAGGAGAACGCUUCCACCACCACCACCACCUCCACGGCAUUAAUGCCGGUCGGCUCGUUGAUGUCGGACGACAUGGCCAUCGAGGUGCUCUUGCGGCUGCCGCCUAAAGCGGUCACCAGGUUCCGCUGCGUCUCCCCCGCCUGGAGGGAUCUCAUCUCUUCCAACGGGUUCAAGCAACAAUACCAUGACGCUGCCGCCGUGGCCGCGGCUGCCGCUAAUGCCGUUCCAAGAUUCGUCUUCGUCCCGGCGGAUCCAGAAUCCAACGAACGACGCUGCGACACUCCGUCCUGGUGCUCGAUCGUCAAAGCCUAUCCCGCGCACUCUCCUGGCGUCGCCACCGCCGGCAAGCCCUGCCUCGGCGUGUUUCUCCUCGGCAUGCCGUCUAACGGGCUAUUCUUCCUGUGCAACCCUUCGACGGGCGGCCUGCUGCGCCUCCCGCCGCGCCGCCCGGCGUGCUACAUCCACAGCGCCAGCCUCGGGUACCACGCGGCCACCGGGGAGCACAAGGUGCUGCUGCUCGAGCACGCGGAGGGGCAGUCGGUGUCGGCCCCGAAUCUGCAGGGCCACGUGCUGACUGUCGGAGCCCGUCGGAGAAGCUGGCGGGCGCCUCGCGGCAAGAGAAGCGCCGCCAUACGCGACGUGGUCGUCCCAACAGGCACCGACCCGGUGUUCGCCGACGGUUGCCUCCACUUCAUGCUGUCACCCAAGUACUGGCUCCGCGACGAGCCUCAGGGAAUCCUCUCCUUCUCGCUCGGCGGCGAGUCCUUCAGCCGCAUCCCGCCGCCGCCUUUCGCAGCCGCCGACGCCGUCAAGUACAGCAAGGACCACCUCAAGCCCGACCCCGACGCCGCCGAAGACAGCCAGGAGGUGAAGGCUCCGGCCGGGACGACGUUGGCCGAGCUCGACGGGAGUCUCUGCAUGGUGCGUGACCGCCGCACCGACGCCAUGGACACGCUGGAGGUUUGGAAGCUGCACGCGGGGUCCACCGGGUCAUGGUCGCUGGACUACACCAUAGACCUAGUCAGCGAUCUUCUGAAGCUGCCGCGGGUCGUUGUUCCACUCUGCUACAUCAUGGACGACGGCGAGACCAGGAAGAUCCUGCUCGCCACCACGCUGCGGAAGGCGCACCUCUACGACCCCAGCACCAAGAAGCUGCAUACAGUAGCCAGCAAUGCCAAAGGCGCGCCUAUGUGUCCCGUCUUCUAUCAGGACAGCAUUGUCAGCAUGGCUGGCAUGGAGUAUGGAACCGCAUACUGUAGGAAAAACAGAAUUACGCUACCCAAAAAUAAUGGUAUGUAAUCGUUAUCUUUUUUCUUUUCUUUCCUUUUCUCAGGUACAUGUAACCAAUGUUUGCCUGUCAUUUCAUUAUUAAGAUUGAAAUUAAGGAGGGUUUCAUAAGAUGUUGUGCUCCUCUGCCCUCGCUGUUGGUCUUCUCGCAUGCCUGCAUCCCAAGUUUGCAGUUCUUGACUUGCCUUACUUCUGUCGCUCAAAAGUUCGAGUCUUCCUCUCUAGCCAGAUUCACCAUCUCCCUGCAAUGGCGAACACUGUUGCCUCCUUUAACUCUU